AUGUUGGAUGAUGAAGAUGACCAAAGCUUUCACGCUACGCGUGACGGCUACUCCCAUUUGAGCGAUGUCGAAUGGGAUGCGGUUGAACGAAUGGGUUCGACCAUGGGCAUCCAUGCUGUUAGCGUCAUGCUAGAGGCUCUCAAUAGAGAUGCCCAACAUGCUACUAUCGCCAAGCUCAUUCAAAAUGAACUUGACGCCGAACGCGAGAAAGUAGCCUUGCUUCACCAACAAGGUUCUCAACAAGCAGAGUUGUUGAGCGAACAGGGUGCUCAGCAGUUUGAGCUGUUCAGACAGUAG